UACAACCAACACCGUUUUCUCUUUCCUCCUUAAAUCUAGGGUUUUCUCUUAUCUUCUUACAAUCUCCGAAAGAUACUCAUCAAUGGCUUCUUCUGGCAAGAAAAUAACCCUAAAAUCCUCCGAUGGCGAAACUUUCGAAGUUGAAGAAUCCGUUGCUUUAGAAUCUCAAACAAUCAAACACAUGAUUGAGGAUGAUUGUGCCGACACUGCUAUUCCUCUCCCGAAUGUGACCGGAAAGAUCCUCGCCAAGGUUAUUGAGUACUGUAAGAAGCAUGUCGAAGCUGCUGCUUCCAAAUCCUCUGCUGAAGAUCGAUCUUCAUCGACUUCUGAUGAUGAACUCAAGACUUGGGAUGCUGACUUUGUUAAAGUUGACCAAAAUACCCUCUUUGAUCUCAUAUUGGCUGCUAACUACCUCAACAUCAAAAGUUUGCUGGACUUGACUUGCCAAACUGUUGCUGACAUGAUCAAAGGAAAGACCCCAGAGGAAAUCAGAAAAACUUUCAACAUCAAGAACGACUUCACUCCCGAGGAGGAAGAGGAGGUUAGGCGUGAGAACCAGUGGGCUUUUGAAUGAUCUCGUUUGGAUUGGAGCGCACAAACUAGCUUGGAUUUAGAGAGCGCAGUUCUUCAAUGUCUAUAGUAGUGUCGAUAGUAAAGUUGCUCGUCUCUUUUUGGCUGCAAGUAGUUAAACUUAUCGGAAAUUUGUUCAUUGGGCUUAGUAGUGAAUGUUCUUUUGCUCAGUUGCGCACAUGUAGUUAAGCAUAACUUUGCAUAUUUUGCUACUAUUGUGCCGAUGUUAGUGUAUGCACAUUCUCUUAAAUUAUUAAAGUAUUCUGCAUUUAUGGGCAUAACUAUCUUGUUUGCGUAUGAUAAGUUAUAUGUUUUGAACGGGUAAAAGGGAUCGAGAGCGAUAACUAUGCAUUACUUGCCCCGUCGCUUCAAUUCAAUUGAUGUUGAAGGUA